GUUAUAAUGGUUAUACGCAAUCGGCAAAUGGGCAGGUGCAUUUCGAAUAUGAUCUGAAGGGGUCUCAAGAAUCGCCCUGUUUGAGAUGGAAAGCUCACAGGGAAGUUUACUCUCCUCGAGGAUGCUGUCAUAUUCGCCGCCACAGAAGGUUCAACUGAACCUGACGGCAAAGAAGGAAUGUCUCGUUCUGCAACCGUUCUCUUCUGCUCCGCAACUAAUAUUUCGAGACGUACUUCCAGGCAGGGAGGCUAAGCAGACCCUUGAGAUUCGAAACACCUCCGACAUCGACCACGCCGUAAUUAUGGAUAAAAUUCCUGUAGGGUUCUCAGCAGAUUCCAAAGCACUUGUAGUUCCUUCAGGGAGCUCCAAAGGCGUUGUUUUUACCUGGGCACCUACGGUGAAAUCGACAAGCUGCAGGUACGCAGUUAAUGUACGAUCGGAGCAGGGAUACAGGGGCAGCAUAUUCCUCCUCGGAACCGUUAAGAGCGUACAGACAAGACCUACCAAGGCAGUUAAAACAGUUAAAAAGACACAACCGCCUGGGAAGAUUCUGACAUCCUCACAGAAGCUGAAUAUCAAAGCGGAAAAAACUACACCCAAAGCAACUACCAAGAGUGGAAGAUUGUUAACGAUGCCAGUUGAGUUUAAGUGCGCACAACGGAGAAAUGACAAGUCCAAAAUGAAACACAGUGUUACAUCUAAGGCAAGUGAACCUAACCAGCCCAAGAGGCAAACAGUGACCAUCAUACCAAAAAGUGGCCCAAUGACCAAGCCUGCUAGUCAGCCUUCCGAAGCACCUGUUCAUUCGUCCAGCAACACACUUACAUGUAAAUCUGAAAUAGAACACAGUGUUAUGUCUGAGGCAAGUGGACCUAACCAGCCCAAGAGGCAAACAGUGACCAUCACCUCAAAAAAUGGUCCAACGUCCAAGCCUGCUAGUCAGCUUUCUGAAGCACCUGUUCAUUCGUCCAGCUUGCAGUGCAACACACUUACACGUCAAUCUGCAAUGGGCAUACAAGCAACCCCUACUUUAAUCUGUGAACUUGAAGACAGCUUAGAUGGAAGUGUUCCUGAGCUGCCCCUGAGGAGAGUCACACUUUCUUCUACAUCUGCAAAGAAAGAUGCAGCUGAUAUCCAACACAAAGGACACCAGAUUUCAGCACCGGCAUCUCCAGCCGACCUUGACUUCAGUGGCCGCAUGGAAGAACUUUACAGAAGGCUACUCAGGGAAGGAAAGGUCGAAGGUGAUGCCUCCAUAAUAGGGGCAUCACAUCAAAGUGAGGAGCCUACAACACCUGAUUCAGAGUUUGCUCCAGCUGCUGCAAAGGAACAGCCAAGUGAAGGCCUUGUUGCUGUCGAAGAGCUGAAGGGCCCAGAAUUUCAUACCCCAGGUCAGUGUCAUACAGCAGGAGAGCCAAAUACUGAAGCUUCAAGCAAUCUGUCAGUCUCAAACGUGUGUGGACUGACUCAAAAGUUUGCAUAUGGCCUUAGCAUAGGUGAAACCAUUUAUGAGGUGACAGAAGAAACACCACUGAUGAAAACGAAUGAUGAACGCAAUGAAAGCUUCACAAAUGGGUGUAUUGCUACAGAUGGCUUCCCCUCAGAUAUCAGCAUUAUUCACGACACAGUGACAACUGAAGUGGCAGGGGGUAAGCCCAACUGUUGAAAUGUCUGCAGUUGAGACAAGGACACCUUCAUUUAGUUGCGUACAUGCUCUACUGAAACAGGUGUCGUCUUGUAGCGUCUCUCUCAUCGGUUUUAUUA